AUGGCCGCCACCACAACACAAGAUAUCCGUGAAGAAAAGCGGAAAAUGAUUCCAAAAGGAAGACCUAAAUCCGGAAGAGUGUGGAAGAGUGAAAAGAAAAGGUACUUAUUGGGUUGAUAUGAGAGGUUCCCGUAAUGAGGAGCGACUAUAUGUGUAUUUUCUUUUAAAGUGCGAGAAUCUUAGACAGUAGUGUCGGAGCUGCUGGACCGUCUAAGACCCCUCGUUUGAUUGACGGUGAGCGCUAUGAAAUGCGCCUCUUGUUGAGCUGAGAAGAAUUGUUAUUCUAUCAUCAAACUAAGCUUUCGAUGAUCUGGCUUUUAUUAUAAAUACACUGUUUACUGAUUUGAGUCAGCAUGUUUGGAUAUUCCAUGCGUGUUUAUGCAUUUGCAUUCAGGGUCUGUUUACAUGAGGUGAGCUAGCCCAGUUGGCCAGGCUGGCCCGCUUUAUUGUUCUGGAUAAGUUCAUGCUUUAUUUCCUCUUACAAAUGUUGUUAUGUUUAUAUGAGAAGGCUCACUGGCUUGCUUGUUGCAAUCCAUGUUACGUGAGCUGAGAUCUCAGCAAGGGAAUCAGGCCUUCUCAUAUAAACACAACAACAUUAUUAUGAUGAAAAAAGGCAUUAGCCGAGCUAGCCCAGGUAACUGGGCUGCCUCGUCUAAUAUAAACAUACGGUGUUUUUACACAUAACGCCACGGCAGUCAUAUUGGUGUCCCAAAACAAUGAACUCAUGGCCAUGAUUGGUGUCCCAAACCAGUCCUGUGGGAGUUAAACCCUUUCUUUUGUUCCAAUAAAUUUGCAUCGAUGCUGGCCACUUGAGUGAAAAUGCUCUAUAGGCCGUCAGACACCAGUUCCUACAUGACAUUUACUCAAAUAAACGCAGUGGCACUUACGUGCAUACCUUUCAAACAGAGGUUAGUUUUUUUCACUAUAUUGUAGUGGCAUGUGAAAAUUAAUCUCUGCUAGCAAUUUAUUGUUGAUCCGUUUUCCAGAGUGCCUGGAUUGGCAUGUACAUGAUUCAUAACUUAGAUUUUGCCAGUCCCUAUAUGUAGAAUUAGCAGCUCAAUAAAAAUUACUUUUUGAGAAUAGCGGAAACAAGUCCAAAGAUUGACCCUUCUUAAGAGUCCUGUUGAUAUCCCUGGUUGUUCAAAUAAUGGAUAGCGCUACCCACUGGAUAAAUUACAUUCCAGCGGAUAACUAUUGGGGAGACCAAUUUUAGAUAACUGUUGUCAAUGGGAUAGUAACAUGAUUGAGUUCUUCAAAAAGCAUUGACUGUUUGCUUUUGCUCGGUCGAUUCCUGGCUUAAAGGCACUUCGGAGUUAGGGACAGGAUUCAGCUUGGGUAGAAACAAGCUCUUGUUGUUGCCCUAACUCAUGAAUGGAUCAAGAACGCAACACCAACUGCAGUCAUAGACUACUCUGACUUGCAAUCACAAGACACAGUCAUAAGAGUCAAUUAUUUCGUAAAUCAGUGUGCUUAUAUAUAUGAUGGAAGCGAUUAUACAUGAUUAGAUAAGGUGUUAGAAAAGGACAUAUGUGGUUUCCUUUCAGGUAAAUACCCUAAGCGUAAUACAUUGUUACACCCUACUUAGUUAUGCAAAUCCUGUGUGGCUAGAUCUGAGAAAUCACCACAUCCUACACAUGAUGCUGUCAGUAAAACGGGGUUAUACUUUCUACACUAUUCCAAUCGGAAAGCACAUUGACCUAUUAGCUUUACACAAAGCACCUUUUUGCACGCUUGCCUACACAAUAGGGAUCAUAUUUCUGGUUCCUAUCAAGAUAAUAAUUUAUUGAUUUUUCCGCUCAUUGCAUAAAGUGUCACUUUUCUUUAACUUUACUAUAUUAUGUUAUCCACUGGAUAGAGAUUUAUUCGGUGGUAAGCAAUAUCCACCUUUUGAAGAACUAGGGUCAGUUGUCCUAAAAUCGCUUUUGUCACAAGAAAAGAAAAGUAAGCUCUGGGAGACAAAAAUACUUCCAGAAACCAAGAUAGGAAUUAUAUCAAAAUUGGAGGCUAAAUUCCAGGCCAUGGUACAGAAAAGCUCAAAAGCCACCUUUAUCUGGGAGGUACAGUAUGGUGAUGUGUACAGGAUAAAAAAGUCCUUAAUUUUUGGAGUCUCGAUGUAUUUAGCAUUGAAGUACUAAUAAAUUAUUUUAUAGGACAUUAUUUUUUAAGUUUUCCAUUAGAGAUAGGAUUGAGAUUUUACUUGGUCAUCAAAGCCACAUAAAUGUUGCGUGCACCCAUUUUCAGGGGGAAGACAGUACCUUCAUUUCUCAGUUAUUUUAAGACCCCUGAAUAUUGGUCUGUCCCUGGGAACCAAACCCACGACCUCCUGUUCUGCUGUCAAAUGCUCUACCAACUGAGCUAAUCCUGCUGUGGUUAAGUAGGAGAUUUGUCUUCUAUACAAUGAUUCCAAAAUGUAUUUUACAGUUAAAAGAUGAAGUGCCAUGCUACUUCAGUGAUUGCAUCAAUAUUAAAUAAACAAAUUUUCAUUUAUGACAGCAUGUAUAAAUAAUUAUUAAUUAUUAUUAUGAAUAUUAUUACAACUAUUUCAUCUUCAGUUCUAUCCUCGGGCUGGUUUCAUAUGGUCACUACAAUAUAUGUGUGUAUUGUCUCAUUGUCUCUAUCUUAUGGAAACCAACCUUUCACAAAUUAUAGUGUAUAAUCCGAUGGGUGAAUUUUAUAUAUAUAUAUAUAUAGACCAGUAGGUGAACUACUCAAAUCCUGAGUACAUGGGUGUUUAAUACAAGCCUGUUUCGUAGGCCACCGAAAAGGUGACCCACUCUUCAGUUAAACUCCAUUAUAACACUGAAGCGUCAGGGUCUACAUCAAGAAAAGUGAUCGCGUGAUAAAAACGGUUACAUAUAACGUUUGAAAUUUAAAUUUUAGAAUGAAAAGCGCGCGCUCGCUCUCAAUCGCCUACAACUCUUACACGAAACCUAAGUCGCACGAAAGCUCGCGCUACAAUCUCUUGCUUUCACAUGUUCGAUUGUACCUUAGAAUGAACUUGCGUCGAUCUCUGCAUGUAGAGACAAGUUCGUUGUGCUUGUUCAGUGUUGCCAUGUGAGGCCUACAGAUUAAAAAGAACUUCUCUGUUGUACAUAGAUUGCUUUGUUUUGUAAGGUUGGUGUAAGAUUUUGCUUUGGCGAGUAUUUUCCACGUGAUAUUGAAUUCCUUAUUUGCCUCCUUUAGCUGCCACAGGUGCUUGCUCAGCUCAGUCUCAUUCCUUCUCUUUUCAUGUAUAAAUGACAUCAGGUGGUUUCUGUAUCUUGCCUUGAACUGAGUAGCUGUGAGACCGAUGUAUGUCUCCUUUUUGUGUCCGGUUGUGACUGUGGCUUGGUACACUACUUCGCUCACCAGGCAUUCUCCGUUCAGCGGGCAGUCUUCUUUUUUCCUACAGCUACACGUGUUCUCGUCGUUUUUCUGUGGCUGCGCUGUUUCUGCCAUCUUCAGGAUAGCUUUGUUGUGGCCAUCUAUUAUUUGCUUGACGUUGGGCAUGCAGCUGUAGCUGAGCUUUAUGGUGUUCCUGUUGAAAAUUUUCCUCAGCUUGUGGCCCGCUGGGAACGAUCUUUCAAUGGGGCUGAUGAAUGCAUGUCCGAUGUUGGUUUUGACACUUUUUUUAUAUGGUGGAUUAAACCAUAUAACAUUUCUUUGUCGUUUGCGUUUCUGUGAUGGUGGUUGCUGUGGUGGUGGCUUGAAUUCUAGUUUAAAAGCAUAGCCACUCUUUCGUAAUGCUUCCUGAUAUGGAGCCGAUGCUUCAUUAAAAACCUCGUGGUCGGAAGAAACGCUGGAUAGCCGCCGGUUAAUUGCUGCGGGUAUGUUUCUGAGGAUGUUUGGUGGGUGGUUCGAUUGACUGUGAACGUAAAGCGGGGUGGUGGAUGGCUUGGAGGAUGGUUUGAAUUUUCCGGUGUUUAAAUCCAGUGUUACAUCUAGGAAGUUAACAACUUUCUUGUUUGCAUCAACUGUGAUUUUCAGGUUGUUGUUUGCAAAUAUCUGGCAUAUUUGUCUUUUUGUCUUCUCUAUCUGCCUUGGUGUUUGAUUGAGUACGGCAAGCUCGUCGUCUCUGUAAAGGCCGAUUUCGAUUCCAGGGAUCUGCUUUAGCUGCGACAGGAGGUAACAGCCCACCAGUUCAUAAGUCUCCGCUCCGUCGUAGCUUCCCAUGGUUACGUCAAAAUUUGAUGUUGAAUUUCUCUUUUCCCAUGGUUGGCCUUUGCUGAAUAGCAGGGAGUGCUUGGAAUUGAUGACUGCUUGUCAUUCGUUGGCUGAGAUGUUCACAUGUUUAGAGGCGAAGUCAAGGGCGCGUUUUAGGAGGGCUUCGGUAAUUGAGGGAUAGAAUUCUACGACGUCAAAGCAUAUAAAUGCCGAGCCGCAUUUAUUAGCCAGCUGCUUGAACCAUUGAAGCACAGAGGAUGUGUUCUUCCACUGGUUGACUUUUGUGAUGUCGACGAGUUUCCGAUUUAUUUCUUCCAGGAUUUUUUUGCUUAUACGCCCUAUCUCCGGUUUUGAAGGAUUAAUCAGUCUACAAGUAGGCUUGUUUUCAAAAUUUUUUUUGUAUAUAUAUAUAUAUAUAUAUAUAUAUAUAUAUAUAUAUAUAUUUUGGGGUGUGGGGGAGGAUGUACCCUCUGGAGCCUCCCUGUGGAUCUUUUAUUGCAAGGGUUGUGUGACAGUCAACCUAAGUGGUUGUUACAGGAGGGACAAUUAUAUGACAAGGCCCAAGGACAAUCUCUUUGCUAAAGCUUGGUUUUCAUAUUUUGGGAAAAUCUCAGGGGAUCCCGUAUUUUUCUUUUUCCUGACCAUUUCAGAUUUUGUUGAUAUAUUGGAUAGUCACCAGAAUUCAUUCGCAGAUUUUACCGAUAUUGAAUUGGCGGGAAAUGGAAGAUGAGCCAGAAGGACUGGAACACAGAAAUUUAGAGGGUUGAUAAUGAGUGAAAUCCAUCACUUAUGUCCCUGACAGUACAAAACUUAGUUUUCAUUUUUUCAGGAAUGAUUGCUUACCAUCUCCAGUCUGGGAUGCGGCAGGAAAAAAGAAAUGCUCCCGAUUCUCCAGAUUUGUCCCGACUAUCCCAGAAGAUCGGGGAUAUUAGUUGGCAACAUCUGGGACUGUUUGGAAACAGUAAAAUCCCAGAUUGUCUGGCAUUUUCCCAACAUAUGAAAACCAGGCUUAAAGAUAAUGAAAGUAAUAAUUCUGUUCUUGAAAGUUUGUGGCAAAGUGGAAAAUUCUGUUUAUUGCUUAAUUUUGUUGCAUUAGGAAAUCUGCAGUUAUUGGUGUCCAGCCCUUGCACACAUCUUGGAGCAGAAAACAGCAAGUAAGAAUGCAACAGAAAUUAAUGAAAGUUUAUGAAAAAGAACUUAAAGAAGAGGCAAAGAAACAAAAAGAGGUAAGACACAGUCAUUCACAAACCCACCAUGCUAGGAUGGCUUAUUUUUUUCUAGACGUCUGGCUUAAAGCAAACCUAGAGUUGAGAAUGUCAUCUAAUAUCUUACUGUCCUAUGGUCUAAAACUAGGAUCACUUUCUUCCAAGCUAUGUUUCCUGUUGCCCUUUUCCUGUUACCUUAAUGUUUUAUAGUCCCUUUCAAAUGAAUGAUUAGCCAUCUUCUGAUAUGUAGAAAUGUAUCAUAUGGAUGAUUCUUUGCCUCUUUUUUUCUUUUUCUUCUUCCUUUUUUCAGGAAAAACGAAGGAAAAUAGAAGAAAGGAAAAAGAGAAGAGAGGAAAAUGAAAAGAAAUCACAAGUUGUACAAGUGGUAAGGUUCUGUAGGUGAUUUUCACUCCAAGUAUUCAGUUGACAAGAAUCAACUUCAUUACCCAUCAUGUCAGUAGCCACAUAAGGACUUGGCUUUCUUUUCCUGUUCUUCACUGUCUUUAGCAACCACUCUGCAGUACCCAAGUUGCACUUUCCUGCAUAAAGUUUUCUCAUCUUUCACUGUCCACCUGCAGGUCAUUUUCAGACUCUUUAGAAUAGGUGACUCUACCAUGGCGAAUGAAGAAUAAUUAUGAUUUAUUUCUGAUAGUAGCACUAACCAAUUUAUAACUUCCUUUUUAAUUGCUUUCAGAUAAAAGACACAGCAAAGAUAAAGAGAAUGAAGAAGAAACAGCUACGAAAAAUUGAAACUCGUUGA